AGCGAUCGGAUUAUAAUACUGUAAGUACACCAUAAGAUGUCAGACCGUCCAAACUCAAGUAUGUCAAUGCUUGAAAAGAAUCUCAGUGGGUAUAACCUUCCCGCCGAUUCUUUGUUCGAGAUACAAGCGCUACUUAUGCGAAGAUCCCAGGCAAGAUUUUCUGAGGGUUUGAGUCCAGAAGGCAAACAGACAAUGAAACAAGCUUUAGAAGAAAUGAACAGCAGAAAUGACGAAAAUGACAAGGUUGAAAUUGAUAACUCUAAAGGUAAACACGUAAGAAUCACAACCGUAAAACAUGAACAUUCAUCUAUAAGAAGGCAACGGGAAAGUGGCGAGGAGAAGCUAAGAAGGAGCACAAGUUUUACAGAAACAUUUGAGAAAAAUAGCAUGGGAAGACUCGAAGGUGACAUUACGGAUACGAGUCAAAACCGUGCUAAUGUAAAGAAGAUGGCUAUUGGCGAUAAGAUUGAGACAGCCAUGGGGACAAUUGAGAUAGUUAAACACGGCGAGGCGGAGAAAGAUACACAAGAUAUGUCCACUCUCAAUUCGGUGGAAAAGUGUUUGGUUUGGAUGGAAGUGAAUGGUGUAGAAACUUCCAUGGGUUAAGAAACACAAACUGUUUUAGGUGCAUAAGGAGAAGAAAGGAUCAAACGUGUUUUGCAUAAUACCAAAUUAUUCUCAUUAUCCAUAAUGCAUUCUCUACAAUGCUUUAUCGGUUCUCCAUGUGAACAAUUUAAGACUCGAUUUAAUUUCUGAUCAGUGGACAGCUGAACUCAAAAGGCAGGGAUUCGCUUUUAUCUGAAAGAAAUUCUGUUUUUAUAAAGUGACAUAUUACUAUGUAAAUAUUUUAAA